CUCAGCUAUCUCGAUUUAUCCGGCAAUUUCAUCACCACCGUCGACGUUGGCUCAUUCGAACCACUUCAAAAACUCGAAACACUCAUCUUUGGAGAACGAAACUACAUCAAUGAUUCCGUUGUCGAAGCUAUAGUAACGCUCAAGUCGCUUAAGACACUCGACCUCUCUCGCGCUGAUGGGAUAUUCGAGCCACCUACGGAGAUUUUUGAUGCGCUACCGCACCUCGAAGUACUUAAACUGAGCGGAUGUAGUGUGUCGUCUCUAGAACCUGGAACAUUUGCAGCGCUGAAAAAUCUGAAGGAGCUAGAUCUGCGAGUGAAUCUCAUCCAGAACGUCUCUGCAUAUGCGUUUGAUGGACUGUCUGAGCUUAACAGACUUUCACUCGCUGGAAACUACAUCAGGAAAAUUGAAAAACAAAUUUGGACUGGACUCGACAAUCUCAAGGAAGUUGAUCUCGGAUGGAACGAAAUCAAGGAGCUGUCAUCUGAUGCAUUCGCACCUCUGACUAGCAGUCUUGUAACGCUCAACGUUCGCCACAAUCCAUUGAAGACCAUGCCUCCUACCGGACUUAAGAAUUUGCAAUCACUGUUUCUCAGCGAGUGCCCAUUAGUAAGCCUUGGAUCUGAACUACUAAAAGACUAUCCCGCAUUAGAGGUACUUCUGGAAGACGUGGCAAGCAGCACUUUAAUUCAUGGCAUUGCUAAAAUCUCAAAAUAUCAGCUACCUUCCAUCAACACCAUUACCUGCAAUGGUUACUAG